AAUAACACGAUGUGCCUUAGUCAACCACUGAAAAUGCAGACGUCUCCUUUGUUCAACACAGAGGAAGAUAUUCCUGUGGAAAGCAAAGCUCCAUCAAAAAUUUUAUAUGAAACAGUAGCCAGCUUAGUCCCGUCUUCAUUUGAUGGUAGAGCACUUCCUCAAACAUCUGCAGAUGGUUCUGCUCAGCCGCAUGUGUCUUGGGCCAUGGUUCUUUCCCAGCCCCCGAAGAAAAUUGUAUCGUCACCAGCAUCUGAAGGUCUUUCCAGAAGCAAAGGGAAGCAGGAUAGUCAGGCAAAGUCAGAAACCAGAAAUGAUGCUAGUGAAACUGAGCCUGAAGAAGGAUCAGAAAAGAAGAAAAAAAAGAAGAAAAAGAAAAAGAAACCUAAAUCAUCGCCUGAAGUAGAAAAACCUCAAACUGAAACUGCUGCAGUGCAGGAACCACCAAGGAUUGAGGAUGCUGAAGAAUUUCCUGAUCUAGCAGCUGCUUCUGAUAGGAAAAACAGAGUGGGAUCUCAGAUGUCAUCAUUUUCUCCUGCUGUUAGAAAGCAGUCUGAAGGUGAUCUUCUUGAAGAGUCCUGUGAUAGUCGUUCUUCCAAGCUGGAUGGAAUACCCAGAGUUGAUGGAAUAUCUGGGAAGCAAACUACAUCUGUUGCAUUAGAAAAAAAGAAAAUGCAGGAAGCAAGCAAGAGCAGUGGUAAGAAGAGUCAAGUUCCUGUGCAGUUGGACUUGGGUGGCAUGUUGGCAGUCUUGGAGCAGAAACAGCAAACGGGGAAGUCAAAACAGUCUUCUAAACCUGUGGUGCUUUCAGUUGGUGGUGCCAUACCACUGCUUUCUAAAGAACCUGCUGCAGCAACAAAAAAUCACCGAUCAAACCAAGGAAAGAUGCCUCAUAACCCUUUGGAUUCCAGCGCCCCUAGCAUAAAAAGGCUAAUUGGUAACACUCCAUCACUAGAUCAGUUUGGGUCUAGAAUUACUCUUACAAACCUAGCGAAGAUUAUUUUAAAAGAAAGGGAACAGCGAAAACAGCAGCACCUGUUAGAACAGACAGCAGUGCCAAAAGAUGGAGAUAAGAUUUGUCAGACUGCAGAAAAUACUACUGAAGAUGAAACACUUCCACAGGAUAGCCAAACAGCUGUUCCUGCCAUGCAAGUUGCUGUGGCUCAGAAUGACGCUGGAGGGUGUCUGGAGGGUCCAGGAAUCAAGGAUUCUACAGAAAGCUCUACAGCUUCAAAACAGCUGAACUCCAAUCUUCCAAAAAUCCACAGUAGGAGAUUUAGAGAUUAUUGCAGCCAGGUACUUAGUAAAGAGGUUGAUAGCUGUGUGACGGAUCUCUUGAAAGAACUGGUUCGUUUCCAAGAUCGCUUGUAUCAGAAAGACCCAGUAAAGGCCAAGAUAAAACGCCGGCUUGUGAUGGGGCUCAGAGAAGUUUUGAAAUACUUGCGGCUGAAAAAGCUGAAGUGUGUCAUCAUCUCUCCUAACUGUGAAAAGAUUCAGUCAAAGGGUGGGCUGGAUGAGACUCUGCACAACAUCAUCGACUGUGCCUGUGAACAAAACAUCCCCUUUGUCUUCGCGCUGAACCAAAAAAACAAGGCCCUGGGCCGCUGCGUGAAUAAAGCAGUGCCUGUGAGCGUGGUGGGGAUUUUCAGCUAUGAUGGGGCUCAGGACCAUUUUCACAGAAUGGUACAGCUGACCACAGAGGCCAGGAAAGCCUAUAAAGAUAUGGUAGCAGCUUUAGAGGAAGAAGCUGAAGGACUAAGUGAAAAAGCCUCCAGCAUCUCAACCACUGAGUAUGGAAAAAACGGCUCAUCAGAAACCAGUAAAGCAUCUCCCAGAGAAUCUGAUGAGGAUGUUCCAAAUUAUAUUAAAAUCUGGAAAAAAAAGCUUGAAGAAGAGUAUAACCCAUACGCCCUGGAAUUGGAAAAGAGUGCAACCACUGACGUGCUGGCAUUGAAUUCAGAAGAGCAGCAGUAAAUCCAGAUUCAGUUC